UCUUUUAAGUUCCUAAUCCGGCAACAAACCUUCUGCUGAGCCCUGAUUCCAGUACCAGCGUACAAGUGACGUAUGAGCAGCCUAUCGGAACUCAGUACCACAAGUAUGAUGGCUUCAGGAUCACAUAUGGUGGUCAAGAACGCUUCGUGGGAAGUAGUGACACGUCGGUGGUAAUCGAUGGUCUACAAGCGGGGAUUUCAUACACCUUUGAAGUUCAGACCUUCAGUGGCGAGUUAGCUGAUCGUAAAUACUCUACUCCUGCAACCGGUGACAUAGUUCUUGUUGAUUUGUUUUUGGAAGCGAAUGCUACUACAUCGUUGUCAGUCGCGUGGGCCCUCCCCAGCAUUGUAGGCAGUGGAUUUCAGAUCCGAUACAGCAUUUUGGGUGCUUCAUCUUUCACCACUUUACCAUUUGGUCCGACUGUAACCACUGCUACACUGGAAAACCUAGAGCCUGGUCAGAUUUACAGGAUCAACCUCUACAUUGUGACAUCUGAGGGAACAGACCUUCUAGCAGGAGCCGAAUUUCAAACAAUUCCUGAUGUUGUGAGUGAUAUCUUGGGGGAAACCAUGGACACCAGUAUAGCUUUAUCAUGGACCCCUCCUCCAGGCAAAGCAGAUUAUUACCUUGUCAUGUACGACCCUCCGUACGGGUCAACUAUUACGCCCUCAGAGGCGUCCAAUCCGGAAUUCUCCAUAGAAGGGCUGGAUCCCGGAAUUGAUUAUGAAGUUAGCAUCAUAUCCGUAGCUGGUUCGGCACGGAGUUCUGCAGCAAGUGAAACUUUCAUGACAGAUCUUGGAGAUACAAGUUUGAUUCGACUGAAGGAAAUCACUGCUACAUCUUUAUCUGUGACCUGGAGUCCCAAUGAGUUUGCUACUGCAUACACAGUCUCCAUUUCCCCAACUGGGGGAAACCCUGCGUUUCCCGUAGCUGCUUCCGAUAGACUAUUUGCUGAGUUUACUGGGUUGUCAGAAGGUACUCUGUAUACAGUCACAUUGGUAGCAACUCCCUCUAGUAGUUCUCCUUUGACAGCUGACUUCAAAACAAAUCCCUCCCCUCCAGGCCCUAUUUCACCAAGCAAUGUUCUUCCACGAAGUGCUACAUUAUCUUGGGGUGCUUCAUCUGGUGCUGACGAAUAUAGUUUCACAGUGUCUUCGGGCGAAAAUGUGAUCGUUAAAAUGCGCACAGCUGAUUUGUCAGUGGAUCUUACGGAAUUGGAGCCAGAAACAUUGUACUCUGUCGUUAUUUUUGCUGAAUCAACCCAACAGGGAUUAACUAGCCAGAGUGGAGAACAAAGUGUUGAUUUUGAGACACUCCCAGCCGUUAUUUCGUUAGGUACAAUCACCACCACCUCUGUGCGUGUCUUAGGAACAUUAGACACACAGAGGAUUGAAUACACUCCUAGUGGUGGCUCAUUUAUUUCUGGGUCUCCAGGAGUCCAAGGUGUGACAUUUCUGGAAGACUUGACUCCAGGGCAGGAAUACACAAUCACCAUCACAGUAAAUUCUGCCAAUGUGGAUCAAGUAACAUUCUUCACAUACCCUGAAGUACCUCAAGGUGUAGGCCUUACAUUAGGUGACCCUGAUACAAGUUCUGUCUUGGUGGAAUACGAUGCUCCUUCCUCCGGAUUAUAUGAUGGUUACCUCAUCACCUACGCAGGGGAAUCGGUAGGAUUCGAUGGGAAUGAACCGUCCCCCAUCACAGCGGAAGCAUCUUCCACUCAGACAACUAUCACUGGCCUUACCCCUGGCACUGUGUAUACAGUGAACGUGGUGUCCACAGUGAAUGAUGGAACUACCAUCAGCUCUCGCACCACCAGAUCUAUUACUACAGAGAGAGGAGCUGAUGCCAGUUUCUAUGUCUUCUCCAAGACAACCAACUCUAUCAUCAUCAAGUUUGCUCAGAUUGGGGGUACCAACACCGCAACCGCGACUGAGCAAAACGGACCCGUAACUAAUGGUGAUGAAACAACUGGACAGUUCACCUUCCUGAAUUUGACACCUGGCACAGUCUAUGAUGUAACCCUUAGAAUAUCUCGUGCUGGUCAAAGUGCUGUCACCACCUCACAGAUGGUGCAAACACUACCAAACACACCGACUUCUGUAGCUGCUGUUUCCUCCGAUGAAUCUCCAGCUAUCACUGUAACUUGGCAACCGGUUGACGGGGGAGUGUCUAGUUACCGACUUCGCCUCAUCCCACCAGCGGGUGGCGCCGAAACGUCCCUUUUGAUAAUUGCAGGCUUGGAUACUAGUUAUGUUUUUGAUAAUGUUCAGCCUUCAACGGAGUAUGAUGUGACUGUGACUGCUGUAGCUAGAGAUGAGGCAUUAGAAGAAGAGAGUUACCCAGCAACUGUACAAGUCACCACUGAUCCAAGAACAUUCACUUUCACCAGUCUAACCACAACUAGUUUUGUAUUGUCUUUUGAGGCUGUGGCUGAUGCACUUAUCUACGAAAUUUAUGAUGGCAUACAUGAUGAUUCUCAACAAUUUCCAACUUUACCAUAUCAGUCACUUACUGACUAUCAACCGGGAUCUCUUCUCCAAGUGACUGUAUUUGCUCUGACUUCUAGUGGGGGAACUUUAUUGGUCGGCUCUCAAGAUGUCUUGCUCAAGCCUGAACAAGUAUCUGACUUCAGUCUGACAGCGACAGUUGACACAUUGACAGUAUCUGGUAUCAAUCCAGGGAAUGGUCUUGUCGACAUCAUUGAAAUAGAGUAUGGUACGGAGGGCAUAGCGUACAUCCUUCCAUCAGUCUCUGAGAAGAAGAUAGAGUUUCUACAACAAUCUACCUCAUACCCGGUCAGGGUAUAUGCUGUGGUCUAUGCUGGAGGAUUGUCACAGAGAAGUGAUGUGAGGGAGAAGUCAACUUUUACACUGACUGGAUUGCGAGCAUCUCCUGUCGUUACUGAGAUUACUGCAAAUACCAUCGCAAUAUCGUGGACAGAGUUCACUCCAUACACCCAUCACAUCUUUAUCCAAGAGAAAGAUACCGAUGUCAUAUUAGAGGAAGCGAGUUACGUUACGGCUGAUCGGACCACCACACACACAUUCAAUGUGCAGCCUGCAACGUUGUAUCAAGUGACAAUAGAGGCGAUUAGAAGUAGUGGUAUCACCUUUGAAACAAAUUCAAAGGAUGUGCGAUCAUUGCCUGAAGCAGUAACAUUUGCCCAGAUGACCUCGGUUGACCUUACAUCGAUUGCCCUAAUAUGGGACAUUCCUGACGAUGCUAGAUCUGAUGGCUUUGAAGUGAGGGUGCUCCCUCCACCCUCGCCUGGGAAUUACCCCAUCAUCGUGAACGAUCAGGUGUAUACUGUCCGAAGCCUUCGACCAGGGACUGUCUAUCAUAUCCAGGUGUUGAGUCUAUCAGGACAAGCUGAUAACUGCCAGACAUUCGGUACUCCUUUUGAAAUCGUCACAACCACAGAAUCUUUGGAUGUCCUUGAGAUUGUAGCCGUGGACAUCUAUGAUACGAGAGCAUCAGUGGAAUUCUCUGCUACCAAUCUUAUGCUUCAAGAUGUAAACGAAUAUGAGAUAGCAGUCACCCCAUCGGCUGGAGGCAUGGCUCAGAUCAUCACAGUUACAAAGGGCAUCUACACUGCAGAUAUCACAGACCUGAUUGGUGGUACAAGUUAUGAUGUGCUACUAUCAGCUGUACUGUUGAACAGCGAGAAAGACAACGAUACAGCAACAACAACAUUUGUAACCUUGCCCAAGGCUCCUGUCAGUGUGACAGAGGUAUCGGCAGGUUUCUUCUCAUUCACCGUAGAGCUUGAGCCUCCAGUUAACAGUAGCUACGAUGGCUUUGUCAUCACAGCUAACGGUGAAUCAAAACAAGUCCUUCGAGCCCAAGCGAAUUACCAGGCUACCUUUGAGAACUUGAUUCCUGGGGAGACUUACAGCGUGGAUGCGUACUCCUUUCUGUUAACACCAGAUUUGACAAGUCAGGCCCUCAUGGAUUUCACCCCAGUUCCUGUAACAACAGCUACACCUGCCCCUGGUGAAGUAACUGUUCAGUCAAUCACCUCAACCUCGAUCACAGUCAGCUGGGGAGCUGUGCCUGCGUCUCAGUAUUCUGUCACUAUCAGCCCGUUAGAAGGACAGCGUACAGAAAAUAUCCUGAGCAGAAAAGUUGACUUCACGCAGCUUACUCCAGGGAGGUUGUAUACUAUCACCCUCAUCUCAUCAUCACUCAUCACUGGGGAAUUAGAAUCAAGUGUGAUGCAACGCACAGCUCCAUCUCCACCAUCAGCACUGGUUGUCGAGACUCUUGAUGCGGAUGAUACAAUAGGCCUUCAGCUUAGCUGGGCGCUACCAACGACAGGAGAAUGGGAUGCCAUUAAAAUUACUUACACUCCAAUGAAUGGAGUAAGUCAGUAUAAGAUGGUUGGUAAAACAGUGACAAGUACCACGCUGGAAGGACUUUACCAGGCCACUGAGUACACCUUGGAUGUGAGGUCUGUGUCAGGACUUGAUGAUCUAGCAGAAGAAAGUGAGCCAGUCUCACAAACGACUUUGACUAGGAGUCUUCCAGCUGAUACUAUGAUAAUCACCAUGAUAAAUGAGACCACAGUGUCUAUCAUCUGGACUAUCUGGGACGGCAUCACCAUAUUUGAUGUACUUGAUCAGUUCACGGUCACAGUUGACAGUCAAAGUUUGGAUGAUUCAAGAGUGACGCUAACAAACCUGGUGCCAGCCUCUUUGUAUAGAGUCUCUGUGACUGACCUCAUGAGACCGAAUGGCCCGGGUGUAAUUAUGAGAGAGUUCAGAACAGCGCCCUCACCACCAUCUAAAAUUGAGGUGACCGAAGAUGAAUCCAAUGAUGUGGAGAUCACUUUCACUUGGACUUCAUCGCCUGGUGCUGAAUUCUAUCGCCUUACUCUUGUACGCCCUGAUGGUAGCGAACUUUCUCAUCCUGAUGGCGAUGUUCCUGCCACCAGUCCACUUGUGGCCACUUUCAAAGGUCUCCAAUCCGGCACGGCAUAUGAACUGAUUGUCAGGUCGGGACUGUACCUGUUUUCACAGUUCCCUGAAAUCUUGAGUCAAGCUGUAACGACUGAACACACCACAGGUGGUAUUUCCAAUACUACGGUUACAGAGGUUGCGAAAACCUCCUCAUCGGUUACGCUUGCUCUCAUCCCUCCAAAUCCGAGUGUAACGUUACUCUUUAUAGUUGUCUACACCGAUUAUGAUACACGAAUCACUUCAGUGUUUCAGGCUUAUAAUGAUGAAUCUCCCCUUCCACCUGUUGUUGAGCAAACGAUUUCAGGCCUCUCGCCUGCUACCACGUACAGGCUGAGGGUCUCUUGGGGAGACGACAAUGAAGAAUACUACUUAACAACAUUGCCAUCAAGUCCUACAAUAUUGAAUGUGUUUCCCAGCUCCGACGGUCGAUCUGUCCUUCUCAACUGGAGUCCCCCGGUACCAUCAGACAACGUCUUUGGAUACAAGAUCCUGUAUUCACCGUCGGAAGAAGAUGAUGGGGAGACCGAGUUGUUUGCUGCCCCCUUGGACACGUCCAGGACAGUACUUAAUCUUGUGCCCGGGGUUCCUUAUACUUUCUCAUUGUCUUCACUGGUUCAGAAUCAGAGCGGUGAUGUCUUCUUGGAGAGCGAACCCCUCGUCCGCACUUUCACAUUAGAUACCGUACCAGGCCAAACCUACGUGCUCUCCAGGACCAACAGCUCCAUUGAGUAUAUCUGGACACAACUCAGCCUUGCCCAGCCAUCUUACUUCAUAUUGACUUUGACUUCAAAUGGUGUACAGGUUGGGAAUGUGGUAAUGGUAUCUGGCUCCUCUCGACCCAGCGCCUGGUUCGAUGGCUUACAGUCUGGGACGGAGUAUGAACUGACUGUAAAUCACUACAGCUUGUUCGUGCUAGGAACUCCUCAAUCACUGAUUGGAACGAACAGUGUUAUCACAACAACAAACCCAAACCGUCCAGGACCUGUCACCAUCAUCACCGUAGAGCAAGUGUCACUUGUCGUCGGUUUGGAACAACCUCCUCUUGCCACCAAUUUUGAUAGCUACGAGGUUUCCUUCAGCCAAGAUGGGAGCAACAUCGAGGUGCCCGCUGGGUCUGCCGGUGUCAAUGACACCAUGUACAGGGUCGAGGGUCUUAACCCAGAUACGUUGUAUACCAUCUAUGUGAGGACUGUAAGUGGGACUGGGCCAUCACGAAGUGUCAGUGAACCAUCCAUGGUUCAAGAAGCCACAUCUACGUUGGAGCUCGGUCAGAUCAUUGUUCAAACUGUGGACACCACUUCAAUCACAUUUGCAUACGGGGUCAACAGCAGUUUGACAGGAGAGGUCACCUUCUUACCCACACGGUCUCCAAGUGAUGGCACCAUACUUCACAUUGCUGCAGAGCGACGUGUCUUCCUCACCGGUCUCAUACCUGGAAAGAGCUACACACUUACUCUUAAUGUUGUUGGAGGUGAUGAUUCUGUGUACACAAAAUCUACAAGGACAGUGCCUUUACAGCCGCCAUUUAUCAACGUGGUGACAAGGUAUGUUGAUGCUACAGUGACUUGGGGCGUUCCCACAGGCAGCAUCGUAAAUGGUUACGAGGUCAGUGUGGACGGUGCUAGGUAUACGGAUGUACCGGGAGACACAAGAACUUUGGUCAUCGAAGGACUGAAGCCUGCUACCAGUUAUGAGGUGCAAGUACGCUCCGUCAGUGAGGAUUUGAAUGCGAGACGCACCAGUAGUCCUUCAACUAGAUCAACUACUACACAGACCGCUUUGAUCUCUACAAUUCAUGAGUCAAUGACAUCGACUACAGUAGAUGCAUACUUUAGGGGCACUCCAGGAGCGACAUACGUUGCCACACUGGAAAAUUCAGAAGGCCCUGUAAUUAAUGAUGAGCUGUUGAACUCUCCUGUGGCUUCUUUUGAUAAUCUCGAUCCCUCUGAAGUACAUACCUUGAAUAUCAAUUCAUUAACUCCUCCAUUUGAAUCUCUUUCAAGGACAUUCAGAACAAAUCCACCAUCGCCUGGUGACAUCACCAUACAGGAAAUUACUUCCACAUCUAUCAGGGUAUCGUGGGAUAGAGCUGCUAAUGAUCUCACCACAGUCACUGGCUAUGUGCUCAGCUACGUCGAUGCAUCAGGAGUUGAGACAGAAACUGUCUUCUCAAAGCCUUGUGACCCGAAUGAAUAUACCUUGACGGGCCUGAACCCAGACUCGUACUAUAAGAUUAUCGUCAAAACUCAACUGAUGGAGGAAGGGGUUUUCCCCGAGCAAGAGGGCGAUGAUGAUAGCUUUAUACAGUUCAAUACAAAACCUGUUCCCGAAGACACAAUAGUGGUUCAGAGGAGAUCUACAACCACACUGAGCAUUGUAUGGAAUGCUGAGGGUCUGAGUGGUCAGCUGAUACGUUACAGACGCGUAGACUCAGAUGAUGCUGAACAGUCUGUGUCAGCAAGCGGGAAUACUGCAACUCUCACGAACUUGCUGCCCGGAACACUCUACUCUUUCCAACUAGGCAUCAGUGGCUUCACUGCUGCAAGUGGAAUAGGAAGAACAGUUCCCAGACAACCAGGGACACUCUCACUGACAGAGACGACAUCAACAGAGCUGUUCAUCGAAUGGCCGCUGGAGACUGGAAAUGCAGAUUUCUACCGCAUAACCGUUUCCCCUCUUAACAUGGCCGACUGCCCUGAGAAGACAGAGCAGACCACUGAUCUACGAUCUGUGACGUUGAACAGACUCUUCCCUCAAACAACAUACUUGGUGACGGUCAGAGCGGUGGCCGGUAUCAGUCAGGAUCAGACCGAGAGCACUGCCCAGUCCAAUACUUUUACAACAGCGGAUGCCCUUGAAGGAGAGGUGUUUUUGAUAAAUCGCACCAGUUAUUCAAUAGAGAUUCUUUUUGAACCCAUCACUGCUCCAUCUUCGACCUUCCGUCACGUCGUGACAAUCACUCCAGCCCCCAAUGAUGGUAUUGGUGACUUACUGGUCCCGGAAAACGACAGGAUUGUGGACAUAGAUAACCUCACACCGGGCCAGACCUAUAGCAUCACUAUCAGAAGGAAUGAAGUUCCAGGCCCAGUUAGGCAGAUAACAACAAUUCCCCGACCUCCUCAGGAAGUGGGCAUUUGGAUAGCCAGGACGACACAGACGUCGCUGACCGCUGUGUGGGAUCGUCCAUUGAAGCCAUCAGCCGACUCCCCUCUCCCAGUGGUAGAUCAGUACGUGAUGGAAGUCACUCUUGGUGGGAAUCCAGCGGGGUCACAGACCGUCGACGGCGAGGUCACCGCAGCUACGGUAGACGGACUGGAGGUCAGCACAGAAUACGAUGUCCAUGUCACCUCUUUAGCUGGUGUAGGUGUGGACAACGUCAGAAGUGACACUGUCACCCUCACUGCUAGUACAGUGACACCCCUCCCCGGUCAAAUCCUUGUCAUCGCAUACACUAUUACCACCAUUGACUUUGUGUGGGGAGAUAGCAGCGACGAGGCAGGAUUCGUCCGCGACGACGUGACCUACUCGCCGCUAACCACAAAUUCUAACUUUGAACUAACUGGAACCAGACGAGGUAGACUGACAAGCCUCACGCCUGGUACCUUGUACAACAUUCGUCUUGAUGUCGUCUCAUCUGCUCCUCAGGACGACACUACUUCCCAGAGAACUGUACCGCUGCCCCCGACCGACCUGGUAGUCCUUAGCAGGACUCCGCUGUCGGUGACAUUCAGUUGGACUCUCGGAAACACUGAACUAGAUAACUUUACAAUCUCCUACAUGCUACGUGACGACAAUGUUGAAGUGACGGUCAAUCCUGGUCUAACUACCUACGAGCUGACCAGUCUGGAGCCUGAUACAGCAUAUAGCUUCAGCAUGGUAACAGUUAGUGGGGAUGAACAGAGUUUAGAGGUCACUACAAAUGGGGCAACAGAUCCACUGGCAUCAAACACCAUCCUUGCUGCUGAAACGACAGACUCGUCAAUUAAAGCAUGGUUUGCCCCCAUCAGUGGCGCAGCCGGUCCGUACGGUGUCGCUGUACCUGGGCGAGCCGAUCUGACCAUUCAAGACAAUGAACCCCUGACCUUUACCCUGACUGGCUUGUCACCUAGCUCUGUUUAUGAUCUUGAGGUUUACAGGUCGGAUCAGGCUUACAGUGACUCUGUCAGGACAAAUCCGCCUAAUCCUGGUGAAGUGACUUCGCUUGAGGGUGGAAGAUUUGCAGUAGAAUUCAGCUUCAGUGCUGGUGUUCCUGCAGAAGCCAUUAACUCUUAUCAGAUUUAUCGUCAGGGUGAUGGAACAUCAAGGGUCCUUGGUAAUCCAUCGUGUUGCAACCGGGUGUUGCUUGCAACGUUGCUUGCCACUGCCCCACUGUCAUUUGAAGACACAGGUCUGAAUCCUAAUACAACCUACAUGUAUGAGAUCAGUUCUCUCCUCAAUGCUGCAGAUGGCUUUCCCCUCCAAAUGAGCAAUCAAGUACAGCUUGUCGACGUCGUCACAGAUGAACUCCCCGCAGGAACCGUGGACGUUCGUGAAACGACGACUACUACCAUCAACCUGGUAUGGCUGACAACUGAUUUGAAUUCCUUGGCUUUCUUCAUCAGCUACAAACCUACACAUGAAACACAACAGACACAGAGAACUCUGUCUGUAUCACCAGAAAUCGUGUAUGCUGAGUACACUCUGGAUUCACUGACUGCUGGGGAGCUCUAUACAAUUAGAAUACAGAAUGGUGACAACGACCUCAACGAUGAGAUCACACAGAGAACUCGGCCGAAUGCUAUCACUCAGUUGACGUCGUCCCUCACUACAUCAACCAACAUCACACUCAACUGGAAUAGCGCCCCCGGGGUUGUGUCGUAUUACGAAGUCGCGUAUGAUCCUCCCGAUGGCAAUUCUCCAAGACGCACUGAUGUACGGGCAGAUGAACCGCGCACCCUUACCCUGUCAGGAUUGUUCCCUGAUUCUCAAUAUACAGUUACCGUGGUAACGUGGUCUGGGACCGGUGAAGAUGCUACAUCAAGCACACCAUUCUCUGUCAUGUUUAAUACAGCUCCUAUCCUACCACUGCAAGUCAUUGUGCGAUUUGUGAACGAGACCGAGGCCCAGUUGACUUGGGGUUUAGUUCUUGGAGAGGAUACGUACAUCAUCACCGUGGAUGAUAGUGGUGCGAACCCCAUCCCUUCUUCAGAAACGGUUCCGGAAGGAGAAACACCGUUGUCUGUGAGGAAGGGGCUAACACCUGGAAGUCUGUAUACUGCAAACGUUCAGACUACAACGGCCACCGGUCCAGAUCAACAAUUCAGGACAUCCCCCUACCCUCCACUGGAUCUCGAUGUCGCCGACAGUACCCCAACAUCCAUCGACGUGGCGUGGGCACCACCAAGGGCUGGAGGAGUCUUCGAUGAGUACAUCUUGUCCUAUAGCAUUGGGGAUAGAAUCAGGACGGAGGUUGGACGAUUUGCACCCGAUGUCACCACUGCAACCAUCAAUAACCUAAACACGGCUACCACCUACAACAUCUACCUCGUUACCGAGGCUAAUGAUGGAGGUUUCCCCCAGAGCAGCAAUGUGAUUACUAGGGAGGGGCUAACAGAAAUCCCAGCUCCUGGAGAGAUCGUCAUCAUCAACCGAACUCCGACCAGCUUUAGAUUCCAGUGGGGUCCAUCCAUUAUGGAAGAGGUGACCUACAUCACCACCUACAGUCCAUCAGAUGGCACCAAGCUUGAUACCCUCAGCAUCAGACAGUCUGAUGUUACUGGUGCUAUCCCAGGACGUCUCUACGAACUCACAGUUUUUGUUCUCCCAGGAGAUCAGCAGGAAACGGGCCUCGUUCGUACCUUGCCUUCAAGUCCAGGUCUCCUCGCUGUUACCACUGUUGACUAUGUGUCAGUGACUUUAACAUGGGUUCCAGGGAGUGGGGAGUAUACCGGCUUCAUCAUCAGCUACAAACCCACAGCGGGCAUUACGUACAUUGAUGUGGCGGAGGUGGACCAAGAUGUGAGGACAUGGAAGGUCGAAGGCCUCUCCCCGGACGUUUCGUAUGACUUCCAGGUCGUUGCGGUGAGUGGAGAACACAACACAACCUACAGUGAACCUACCAGGAGGACAAACACCACCACAUUAUCGAUUGCUGCCGACGCCUUUGUCGUGUUGGACUACAACUCAACUUCAAUUACUGUGGCCUGGAGAGACACAAACACCAAUAUCAUAGUGAACAUUGAACCCCAGGAUGAUGAAGCAAGGAACGUGAAUGUUGGUGACAGGCCCGUUCAUACUUUCACCGGUUUGAACCCAUCUACUACUUACACUAUUACCUCAUUGAGUCAAUCGCAGAACCUAGUGACUCAAGUUAGAACGAACCCAGCAUCGCCAUCAAAUCUGGAGGUUUCCAAGACCUCAACCUCGUUCUCUAUCGAAUGGGUAGCAGCCGAGUCGGAGGUCAGUCAGUACAAGGUUGAUGUGAAGUGCGCAGAUAUGUCCUGUUCUUUCAACGGUGUCAUCUACCCCAAUGAGAGACUGGUCUACGAGCUUGAGGGACUGGUCUAUCUCAAAGAGUAUCUAGUAACCGUGUCGUCUUGCCUGGAUAUGGAUGGCCAAUUUGCAGAGCAGAUGGGUGAUGAACCUUUAGAGAGUAGCAUCGUUACAGAUGACGUGCCUGAUGACGAGAUCGUUGUUCAAGAGACCACGACAGACAGCAUCACCAUCUUCUACGCCACCAGUAACAGGCGCGGAUUCGUUGAAGCCAUCUACCUUGCAGGAACACCAGCUCAAGUAGGAUCCAAUUCUUUCGUCACCGGAGCUGUAGUCAAGAAGACAUUCGAUGGCUUGGUACCCGGAACGCUUUACACGAUACGGAUCACGGAAUUAACUAACACCAUUAUGCAAAGGACUGUCAAUGUCCGCACAAGACCCAUCGCUCCGUCUUCUAUUUUCGGAAGCCCCACAUCCACCGUGAUUCCAGUCGCUUGGCUCGCCUCUCCUGGACCUAUCAGCUUUUACGAAGUAACGUAUUCUCCUCCCGAUGGUACCACUCCGGCCGUUUCUAGAGUAGACGCUAGGGGAACUCUGUCUCUGGACAUUGUUACUCUUCUACCCCAGAAGGUGUACACUGUGUUUGUUAGAGCUGUGGCAGGAGUGGAUAACAUGCCGAGCAUCAGUGAAGCCGUAAACGGAACGUUCGAAACAUUGCCAGCGCAGCCAGGAGAGAUCAUCUUGCGCAGGAUCACAACCGACACCAUCACCUAUACAUUGAGUGAAGUGCCCAGUGUCCUCCAGUAUAUUGUUCAGCUGAACAUAGGCACAGAUUUACAGUCCGCAAAUCCCCACGUACUUCCAAAUGUCGAAGGAGAGUUUGACGAACUCACGCCGGGUCAGUUAUACACGCUUGUUUUAACUGUGCCUGGUACACAAGGAGAUUUGGCCACCAUUCAAGUCAGAACAGACCCAAACCCUCCAGGAAGCGUGUCAGUAGAACUUACAUCGGUGCCCUAUUCUUCCUUGCUCGCGGAGUGGGAAGCACCUCCUGCUGGUUCCCUCAGCGGAUACGAGGUUAGUGUCCGCCCGGCUGAUCAGGUCUUGACCACCAUGUCAGAGGUCGUUGAUAGUUCUACUACAGAGCUACUGCUUGAUAACCUUCUCCCAGAGGUGAAUUACACUGUGGAGGUGCGAACCAUCUCAGCUGGAGAGGGAUUUUCAUCUACGAGUGACCCGACUGAAGCACUGGGCAGAACUGCUCCAUUCCCAGAAGCUAUCUUGCUCGUGACUGGCUAUGACAGCACUACCAUCUCCGUCACCUGGCGCAAGAAAGAAGGUGUCGACUACCUGGCGCAGUUCAUUGAAGUAGGCCAGGAAAUUGGAGAGGACUUCCAAGGCCUGGUCCAGUCGUCAUCAUCGACCACCACCAUCCUGUCGUUCAGGUACACAGACCUGGUUCCAGGAAGAAAUUAUGAGCUCAUCGUCAGAAGCAACGAUCAAAGCGAAGACACAAUCCGUGUUAGUCAGAGAACUUUGCCGUCUCCACCUAUGAACGCUGCUGCAGCACCACUCAGCGCAGAGAGCAUCAGGGUCACAUGGACCGCCGCCACAAAUGAUUUUGAGUUUUACGAAGUCACCUUCUACCCCUCAGCUGACUCGACAGAUUCGACUGCCAUGACCAUACCAAGGGAUCAAUUCAGCGUUGAUAUAGAUAGCUUGUUAGCCGAUACAGAGUAUGUCUUUGAUAUUAGGAGUGUGAGCGGCAGUGGGGAUUCGUUGCAGAAGAGUGCUGCCAUCACAGCAAGUGCAACAACAGAACCAAUCAUCAUGAGACUCUUCUCUGCCGUGGAGAAUGUUUUGCUAAUCGAUUUCACCCCCAUCGUUGGUAUCUUUGAUGAUUACCGCUAUGGAUACCGUGCCCUUCCCUCUGGUACGAUCACCUACGAGCCGCUUGACUCGGGAACGUCUCAGUUCGGCAUCCAGGGAUUGAGGUCAGGUGCUCUGUAUGAGAUAACGCUGGACACACGAAUAGGAUCGAUCUACACCGAAGUUGAUCGGAUCCAGGCUAGAACAAGACCCUCUGCCCCUCGUCUGAUUAGUCCAGUGACGGACUUCGAUGAAAAUUCAUUCACCUUAGAAUGGCUAGCCCCCUCUACAGCUGAAGUUGAUUUUGACGGGUUCCGCGUGAUCUAUACCCCUGCCGAUGGAGCGCUUGAGUCUCCACUGUUACUUGAUAAGACUCGGACAUCACUGUUCCUGACGCGUCUUGAACCAGGGACUGAAUAUAUGGUUACAUUGGUGUCUGUGUCUGGACAAGGAAGCACCCAACAAGUCAGCUUUGAAGAAGAUGUUUCAGUUACAACAGCCGAUGGUGUGCCUGGUGGUGUAAAUAUCAAGGAGCUGACUGAGACGUCCAUUCGUAUCACAUGGAACAGUGCUCUCGGUGCAACCUACAUCCCCACCAUCACACCAGAUGAAGGGACAACCAGGAUCUUGGAUACCGAGGCCGCCAUCUUUGAAGAACUCACCCCUGGCCAGCUCUACACUCUGAUAAUGACACAGAUUGGUGGUUCCUCAGGUCCCCCCACUCAACAGUAUACAUUACCAAAUGCCCCCAUGGAUGUAGCCAUCUCCAGAACUACUGCCUUUGAACUGGACGUAUCCUGGAGUCCUCCGGCGGAAGGGUUCUACAACUCCUUCAGUCUAACCUACUCGCGGGUUGGAACUAGUGAGGUCACUACCAUACCUGUUCCUGCGAGUGAUGCACCCUCUGUGACCUUGCCCGACCUUCUGCCAGAGACGUCCUAUGCUGUAUCGGUUGUCUCGGUCGUAGGAACUAUCAACAGUCAGCCUGCUGAGACAUCAGGAACCACAGGUCGAGCCCCAGAGGGAGUCCCGGUACUUGUAGAACGUACGACUACCACCAUUUCCAUCAGCUGGGGUGCAUCAACGGAUGCAUUGGCUACCGGAUACCAGCUGAGGAUCAGACCGGAAGGAGGCACGUCCAUCCUCUUCAACCUGGGGCAAGCAAUCACCACCUACAACUUUAUGAACUUGGAAUCGGGAACAAACUAUAUCAUCAGUCUGCAGAUUUUUGGGCUGUCAGAAGCACCACAGGAAUUGCCAGUUACGACAUACCCUCAGACCCCAGGUGCCAUUCAGAUCCUUCGCACCACGCAGACCAGUAUCACCUUUGCCUGGGGCAGCGCCGGAGGAAACUUUGAUCGCUACUCUAUCAAUCUGUACCCUGAUGGUUCCCAAACUGCCUUCCUGCAGGAUGUUCCCAGAGGCUCCGACCUUACCGUCUCCAAGAACUAUCUUGCCCCUGGAACGUUGUAUAGGAUAGAGAUCUAUGCUGUCACAGGAACUACACGCAGUGCUCUCCGAGAAACCACUGCUUCUACUGCAAUGGAGCUUUUGGUCUUCAUCACAAUCGAUGCCUUUGGCGUGGCUGUGUCCUGGCCUAAUGCACCAGAUUUUUCCAAUUACUAUCUUGAAUAUGAUCCCUCAAAUGGUGUGCCGCCCUCUCCAGUUCCUACCACCCAGGACAGUGUCUUCCUUAAUAGUCUCACCCCAGGACAGAUCUACAACUUCGCUCUCUCCUCUGGCACUCCUGAUACUGGCACACAAAGUUUAGUCAGGGCAACGUAUGUCUUAGCGCCGCUUGCACCGACUAUAGAGAUCAUGAUCCUCUCUCCAACUACCAUUUUGAUCAAGAUUCUACCAGCCUCUUCAGGGGUCCUGGAUUACUAUCGCGUGGGUGUGACAGCCAGACAGACAGGGUUGGGCGUUGGCCAAAACGGUGUCGCUAGCUUCAAUAUCCCCAGAGAGGCCUGUCCUGAGGUGUUCAUCACAGACCUGGUACCUGGAGGAACGUACGACGUUGAGGUCGUAGCUGUGUCCGGAGAGACGGAUAGUGCUGUUUCAUCCAUGGAUGUCUCCUUAGAAACCAUGGUUGCUGGCCAGUUAUACGUGAAUGAUCGAACCACAACGUCUCUGGAAGUAGUCUGGGGUGCAGUCACCGAUAGAACAUUCACCAACUAUGUGUUGAACCUGUUUCUUGGUAAUACUCGGACCGAUUUCCAAUCACAGGGCAUCAACGAGGAACGUAAGGUGUUAUUUGAGGGCCUGCUGCCAGGCACAGAGUACUCCCUGAAUCUGCUUGUGGAAGGAGAUGCAAUUACACAGUCUACCAUACUUACUGCCACAGCACCUCUGACCCCUGGUAGCCUGUCCUUCCUGACAGUCGAAGGUCAAGAGGUCACUUUAGCAUGGCCUGCUAGGAACUCUCAGGUUGAUUCCUACGAGCUCUGCUGGACUCCUUCCAGCCAGACUCGAAGUCCUACUGCCGAUGCUACCCAGGAGCUCCUGACGUUAGAGCAGUCUGAUGUGGAAUACACCAUCUCCUUGUAUGCCUUGGUGUCGGUGGGUGUAGGGGACGACGUUAAGACUACCAGAAGCGACGCAAUCACCCGCUUCAUCACACUCAGUGAGGCCCUCGAGGGCGAGCUGAACGUGACAGAUUUCGAUUCCAACUCGAUCUCUGUGGAAUGGAGCGAGGUCGUCAGCAUCGAGUUUGAGAACUACCGCCUCCAGGCUACACCAGAGGGCGACGGAUCCCCAAUUUUUGCUGUGAUACCUCCCGAGGAUCCCAGGAUGCAUACCUUUGAGAACCUGAUACCAGGUGUUAGGUACACCGUCAAUAACAUCCUUCAAGGCUCUGAUCCAGUGGUGACUAGGACUGUAUCUCAAAGAACAAGACCGAAUCCAGUUUCUGGACUCACUGUGGUUGAUACGACCUCCCAAUCCGUCACCGUGAACUGGCAACAGGCUACAGGCUCGUUCAACGACUACGUUGUCACCUACACUCUCGCUGAUGAACCCACGACAGUCAUCUAUGCGGAUCGCAUCCCUAGCGAUGGUACCCGAGUGUCAGUCAUAGAUGGGUUGCUCCCCGAUACAUCCUACGUGGUAACUGUCUACACCAGCAGUGGAACAGACGCUGAUGAGACAACAAGUACAGAAGAGUCCGUCCCGGCUACAACCACUGCACUUCCUUCUUGCUCCAUCCAAGUGACCGAAACCACAUACACCGAGAUCACCGUCCAGUGGGGAUCUUGUGCCGUGGUCGUCAAUAGCUACGAGUUGACCAUUGAACCCAACUCUGCCAACGCUCCGCCAGGGAACGUGCCCAUAGGUGGAAACUUUGAGUACACCUUCAACUCCUUGGUUCCUGGUCAGAGGUACAUUGUCGGUAUCAGGGGUACCGGCUCCACAGAACCGUACGCCACAGACUCCGUCUACACAGAUCCCAAUACGCCAGAUAAUCUUGUGGAGGUUGAAGUUUCAACUUCCACCCUGAAGGUUCAAUGGGAUCCUCCAGUCGGUGAAUAUGAAAGAUUUGAAGUAAAUCUGAACGAACAGCUUCAAGGCACUCUGAGGGGUGAUCAGAUCGAAGCUGGAGAGCUACCCUCAUUUACAUUCGAUGCUCUGAGGCCUGGUGAAAGCUACUCUGUAAGCAUCUUUGCUGUCGUUGGAAGCGGAAACCUGGAGAAGCGAAGUCCCCCGCGGCAAAAUCAAUUCACCACUGAUUCGUUGGAUGCUGGUCAGCUAUCGGUCAUUGACUUUGACUCUUUCUCCAUCACCGUGGUUUGGGGAGCAGUGGAAGGCAUCACGUUUGAUGUGUAUAUCAUCCAGUUCCAGCCCCCCACUGGGAACCCAAUAUACAACAGGGUCGAGAGAACUCAGCCGAGAGAAUCGACGGUCACUUCACUCAUACCCGGUCAGCUCCAGACUAUCUCGUUGAUCUUGAUUGAUCAGGUUGAUCCAAUCAGUGUAAUUCAGCAGCGCACAGCUCCUCUUCCACCGAGGGACCUUCAAACUCAGCCCACGGUGGAGGGCUCCACGUAUUCCAUACUCCUGCUCUGGAGCAUGCCGGUACCCUCUGCAAUUGACCAGUAUGAGUUGACCUACAGUCCAGCCGAUGGCUUGAGUGAGUCGUUCAUCGUGCUGGAGGCCAACGACGAGUUCUAUACCUUCCGCGAACUCACACCCUCCACAACGUACGAGUUCAGAAUGAAGACUGUGGCUGGAGAGGGCGAUACACGAACGGAGAGUUCAGAGGUUGAAAUGACUCAACGAACUCUGUCUGCGCCUCUUGGUCAGCUACUUCUGCGAAGUAAGACCACCGUUACUAUCAGUGUUACAUGGGGUGUUGGAAACACUGCUAACACCAUACCUGAGGGUAACUACGUCGUAAGAAUCACUCCAGGCGACAUUGCUGACGUGCUCGUCAACAACGAGGAGAGGAACGUGGACUUUACCCUUCUGAACCCGGCAACACUCUACUCCAUACGACUCAUCGAGCAAGGGAAUGACGUCAGCUCUAUUGAUGUACUAACUGACCCUGUGGCACCAAACAGCAUCAGCUUCGAGUCUAUCGAGUCAACGUCUGCCACCGUCACUUGGAACCGAUUUGUCGGCCAUGACGUGGAUAAUUUCGAGGUUUGGUACCGCCAAACUUCCUCUAUCAAUGACUAUACUCUAGCUGGUGAGGUGGAUGGUGAUACAGAGUCAAUAGCUCUCAGUGGUCUGGAUCCAUCUGCUCUGUAUGAUGUUCAGAUCUUUAGCAAGGUUACAAGUGGUGAACUCACAUCAAAAAGCGAACCAGCUAUGGAUUCCUUCACCACAGGUGCCCUUCAGGAGGGCGUGAUUGAAUUCCGGGAUAAGACUACCACCCUUAUCGAGGUUCUCUUUGGAACAGCUCCUCUCAGCUCUGAGGUCGUUCAGUACAGGGUCACCCUCACAUCAGAGGAAGGAGCUUCUACUUGCCCCCACGCUAUCUUUGGUGCCCCCACACUAUCUCUAGUGCCCCCACGCUAUCGCUGGUGCUCCCACGCUAUCUCUGGUGCCCCCACGCUAUCUUUGGUGCCCCCACGCUAUCUCAGGUGCCCCAAAGCUAUCUCUGGUGCUCCCACGCUAUCUUUGUCCUUCAAUGUUGCCCCGACUUCAGAGCCCUUCUCUGUUGUGACGUUCGAUGGAUUAACACCAGGCAGGCUGUACACUGUAAGCCUUCAGGCUUUUGGAAUUACGAGCACUUAUCCAACUAAAGAUGUCAGAACAUUUCCUGCUCCUGUUCGUGGACUUUUCCCCAUUGAGAUUGGAACCACCUAUGUAUUAUUCACAUGGGGACUUCCUAUUGGAGACUAUGACAGCUAUGAGCUGUCCUACUUGAAGGGUACCGCCAGAGAGGAGGAAAUCAUCUCGGCUUCAGAGACCAAUGUCAGGAUAGAGUUCCUUGACCCGAACACAAUGUACACGUUCAACAUGGUAACAUUGUCUGCUGCCCUCAGGAGUGAGGCCAGUGACCAGUUAUUUACUACAACUUCCUUGGCAGUGAACGAAAUAGCUGUACGUGAUGUAUCUACUACAGAGAUUGAGAUUGUGUGGGGCCCUGAAGAGGGAGUGGAUUUCUGGACCCUAACAACCGUUCCUGCUGUUAGCUCAAACAUUCUCUACGCUCAAUCACCGACGUAUAGAUUUUCCGGUUUGACACCAGGCCAGGAGUAUGUUAUCACAGUCAAUAUCAAUUCAACAAGUCAAAGGACACUCCCUGAGAUGCCACAGAAUCUAGAGUCUGUUGGGAUGCAGUUGUUCUUAGAGCUGCAGUGGAGUCCACCCAUAGGCGUGUAUGAUGGAUACCGUAUUACAUACACGCUAGAUGGUACAAGGACUGUAAUACCUGACCUUCCUAGUCAACCACCCAGAUAUACUCUCAGGGACCUUGAUCCUGGUACAGACUACAUUGUGAGUGUCCAGGCCUUGUCUGGAGGCUUGGAGAGUGAACCAGUUACCAGGACACUAACCACAGGAGUCUUUGACCAAUUGGAGUUGAGUGUCACAACGGUCUCAAAUACCUCCAUCGCUCUAGUUUGGGGAAUCUACGAGGAUCGCGACAACCUGCCUGAGUUGACAAAUUAUGAACUUAGCAUCACGCCUCCAGAUGCAAUAUCUCUGAUUCGAGGAUUAGAUGUGUUUAGAGCUACAUUCGAAAGAUUGAUACCGGGACAGGAGUAUUCAAUUCAACUCAAACUGACCACUUUAGAUGAACCUGUGUCUACGGUCGUACAGAGGACAAACCCAGAUCCACCGGCAUUCCUCCGUUCAACAAGGAGCAAUUUCACCGAAAUUGAUCUUGCCUUUGAGGCUCCCCUUAGUCGCUUUGACUUCUUCACUCUCACCUACGAAAAGUCAGAUGGAAGUGACCUGUCACCCAACAUGAGGACCAUAGCAGGUAAUGAAGACUCGGUUACCGUUGAAGAGUUACAGCCUGGCACAUCGUAUGAUUUCAGUCUGACGGCUAAAAGCGGAACGCCAACAGAGUUCACGGCCAGCCAGGCAGUAGAGGACACUUUCACUACUAGAGCUGUCCCAGCCUUGACGGUUGUAGCGGCUGCCAUCACCUGUGACACUAUCCAGAUAUUUUGGGCACCUGACCCGGACGACAUGCUGUACCGCAUAGGAAUCCAGCCCGGCCCAGCCAAUGAUGACUUCAGGCGAACUACGGAGUACAUCUUCUCAGGACUUAACCCGGCCACUGCUUACUCCAUUUCAGUCACUGUUGUAGCUUUUGAGUCUAAUUCUCAGUCUGAGUAUUUGCCCCUCAUUCAGCAGACCCGUCCAAGCGGUGCUGGCACUAUUACUGUCGUCGACAAGACAACUACGACGAUUGAUGUCAACUGGCUACCAGCCCAAGGGAACUUUGACAGUUAUCGUGUCUAUGUCACAUCUGAAAACGGCCUGCCAAAGGCAUAUCCACCAAUCUCCGCCACUGAGGAAAGACGUCUUUCUAUCACUGAGCUGGAUGCUAAUGUCCUCUACACUGUCAGUAUAGAGACGAUCAGUUUCUUUGGAACUCAAGAAUUGACCAGCUGCGAGACCUCAACACUAGAUGUCAGAACAGAUGCUCUGGACGCGAACGAGAUCGCAGUUACUGCCUUCACAUCCACCUCAAUCACAGUCAUCUUUGGUAAGAGGGAAGACGCUACUGGCUACAGCAUCACCCUGAGAAACCUCGAUGGCAACGCUCCCAGGGAUAUAACAGUCAAUUUGCUACCAUCGGAGAGCUCUCGAGUGACCUUUGACACGCUGAAUCCCGGAGUGAAUUAUGAGAUCACUCUCGAUUCACAAGAAGACACGACUAUAGAGCAGAGGACUAAGCCUGUAGCUCCUGCCACCGUUCUGACGCAAAACCCCACUGUUACCUCGUUCGAUGUGAUCUGGACCCAACCGCAAGGAGUCUACCAUAACUUCCUUCUCGUCAUCACCAACCCCGAUGGCACCAAGAGACCAGAGAUCGCCCUGGGACCCUUGGACGCCGUCCGAGAAGUUACGGAACUUCUUCCAGGAAACCAGUACGACAUCCAGGUCUAUGCCACGGUGGGGACUGGGGAAGACUUGAUCCGCAGUGAACCGGCUAGUGCUCAAGGAAUAACUAAUUCUCUUGGAGCUCUAGAGGUGAUCUACAUAGACAGAACCACGGAUAGUCUUGAGGUGGCCUGGGGAGCUAGUCCUAGACCUAACCCAGGGGUCUACCGGGUAUCUUUCAAUACUGAAGGACUAACCGAUACCACUCCCCUCAUCACUCAGGAUCGAAACAUCAGAGGAACAUCUUUGGUAGCCGGUCAGCUUUACAAUGUUUUUGUAGUGGCAGAAAACUACCAGCAAGAUAGUGGAAUUUUAAAUGUCAGGACAAUUCCUUUCGUAGUCAGAAAUCUAGCUUUGACUGGGGAACCAACCGCUAUAUCAUUCAGCAUUUCUUGGAACCAACCAGCGAGUGGGAUGUAUGAUGGCUAUGCCGUGUAUAUCGCAGGACAAGACAAUGUAGAAAGACUAACAUCUAGACUAGACGAUCCAGAUACGACAGAACUUCUUAUUGAGGACUUGGACCCAAAUCAGGAAUACACCGUGUCUGUCUACGCUGUUGCCGGUUUCGGGCAGGAUUCAGAGGUCCGUAGCGAAGUCACUGAAGCUACUGUUUCAACAGUAUCUCUUGACGCUCUGGAUUUGGAGACCUAUUCUGUGACUGAGACGACAAUCGGUGUAGCAUUUGGACCAGCACUUGUAGCCCCUUCAGGCUAUACCUUAUCUUUGACAAGUGAUGGUAUUACUAUAGGACUCAUCAUUAUUCCUGUUGCCGGUUCUACAAAGUUUGUCUUUACUGGUCUAACAUCCGGGACUCUGUAUCGAGCCCAGGUACAGGUCACAGGUUCUUCCGUUACAUCGGAUCCUUUGGAUAUCCGAACCAUUCCUCGACAACCAUCCAGCUUCAUGGAUACUCUGGUCACAGCCGAUGAAAUCUCUCUCUCCUGGCUUCGUCCUCCAUCAGGCAACUUUGAUAGCUAUGAACUCUCCUACACUCCAGAGAAUGGUGCUAAGGUCACCUUGCCUGACGUAGCAACCGAUGAGACCAGUUUGGUCCUGGAGAACCUUGCUACAGCCACCGAGUACGUCAUUCUACUUCGUACCCAGGCUGGCGAAGACACCUUCAGUGAGCCUCUGGAGUUGACUGUUACUACAAGGUCUGCUCUCCUAGCCCUGCAAGCUUUACCCGAUCCCACGUCCGAUGUCUCCCUAGACUGGGACCGAGAAGCGGGAUCUAUUCAGAGGUACAUGUUGAUCUAUGACCCAAACAACGGUGACCCAAUCUCUCCCAUCGAGACCGGUAUACCUGGCCCUGUCGCCAUUUCAGGACUGAUGCCUGGUUCUCAAUACACAUUCCGUCUCUUCUCGGUCCUUACCAACAAUGUCCAGUUCCUGUCUAGCAGUGUCUCCCAUGUCACAACCCCUCAGCCUCCAGGCAAUGUAGCAGUAACGGAGGAGAUGACUUCCACCAUUACACUGAGCUGGUCUGCACCUAGCCAGGAGCAGUUCUUUGGAUACAUCUUGGAGUACGAAGGGACCGGUUUUUCGACGGAGCUUGGUCGCACCCCUGCUACCAGUGUCUUACCCCGUCAUCAGGAAUCUGUAACCCUUAAGGGACUGACUCCAGGCACUUCCUACAGUAUUAAAAUCUCUGCGUUUGUGGAGUAUGAUGACGUGACGACUCGCAGUAAUAUUGUGACAAAAAUUGGUACCACAGUGAGUACAUCUAGUCUGAACAUCGUAGCCAAGUUUGUGAAUCAGACUUCGUUUACCAUUGAAUGGCAGCCGGCUGUUGGAGCCUCAAGCUACGUCACACGGGUGUCUGAAGUGACAUCAGGUGUGGAGAUAUCAUCAGGAACCAUCCUCAAUGGAGACUAUGAGAGAACUGAGCAUCGCUUGGUACCAGGAAGGAAUUAUCAGAUCGAGGUCUCUGCAACGGGAACUGGGCAAAGUGAUACAGUUGAACAAAGAACAUUACCAAGUGCAGUGAGUGAUGUUGAUGUCGUGCCAGAGGCAGCAGCGUUGACUUUGUCCUGGGAUCCUGUGUUCGGAGAUGUGGAUGGCUACCAUGCUUCCUACCAACUCAAGGAGAAUCCUUAUCAAAUAUCUGAUCUGUUCUAUGUCAGUGAUCCGUCAAAUCCAACGAUACGACUGACAGGGCUGAGUCCUCUCUCAGAGUACAUCAUUACAUUGACAUCAUUUUCUGGUUCUGGUAGUGAUCAAGAGAUAAGCUCUUCUACUGUUGAAGCCUCUACAGUGAAUUACAGCCCAGCUGAGAUUGUGAUCGAAACCGUAACAAGCACAAGUAUUGCUUUAUCUUGGGGUGCUUCUACAAGUCCGACAGCGUCCAGUUACGUGAUCGAGGCGUCAGAUGCAGGGAACGUGGUGCAUAGCACCAGCAGAGCAUUAUCCCAGUCCAGGUUUAUCAUCAUCUCUAACCUGACACCCGGCACACUCUAUACCAUCAGGAUUACAGUGACUGGAAGUAGUGAGCGGGAUACAGAGAUUGCACUUACAGUGCCUACUGCACCCAGGAGUCUGUCUACGGACUCUAUUUCUCAGUCCAUCGUCACCGUGUCCUGGUCUCAGGGUCUAGGCAACGUGGAUGAGUAUGACAUCUACCUGAGGCAAGCAGGAGAAUCAGAGACACCUGCGCAAAUUGUACCGCCCUCUCAGCUCACUGAAACAUUUGAAAACCUUGAGCCUGAUACCUACUAUUCUAUGAGAAUUGUUUCUGUUGUUAGGGCUCAGAACUUGGAACAGAGGAGCAUACCUGCAGUAACUAAUUUCACCACCCAACCUAGGAUCAUCAACGUGGUGGAAACUGGAAGAAAUCUAAGACUGUCCUGGGCCAAUGAUUUUGGAAAUGACAUCCUGAAAUACCAACUUAUCUACAUCGAAGAUAAAGAGGGAGCAACCUCUAAUUCUGAGUUUGUUGAUCCUAGUGAUGCGCCUUUGGUUACUCUUAUGAACCUGAUGCCCGGCCAAACGUACACGUUGAUUUUGACGGCUGUCGACACCUUAGGAAACCGUGCUCAGAUUGCAUCUACCACUUACACUCUAAAACCUUUACGACCUACGUUCACUGUUAACCCUCACUCUCCAUCCGCUGUCAGCCUUCUUGGAAACCUGCUCGGUGGCAUCCUGAAGUUCUUUCGUAUCAGGGUUACACCUCAAGUUACUGGAGCAGGAGCAGGCACGCCUAUCAACUUUGAUGUCUUGAUCCCGGUAGAAGCGUGCCCUGAAAUAGAGCUCACCGGUCUCAUACCUGACACAGCCUAUGAGGUCACUCUCCAAGCAGAGUCCGGUGUUGCCUCUAGCGAUCCUCAAAUUAUUACCUUCCAUACACCUCCUUCAGACCCAGGUCAGCUGACAUUUGGAGAGGUAACCCCAUCAGGGUUCACAGUCUACUGGUCACCUUUCGAUGGACGUACAUCCUAUGAACUCUCCAUCAACAAUCAAGCAGGGCGCGUAGUCCCUGCAUCGGGUGAUGCUGUUCAGUCUUAUGCAGUAGAUGGCCUGAGCUCAGGAACCUCGUAUACGGUCCGCCUGGUCGAUGGAGGGACUGGCACGAUCAGGACCCGUCCUCUUGCGCCAGGGACCCCCAUAGCAACUCAGGUAUUGGACACCAGUAUUCAGCUUCAAUGGGCUCAAUCAUCAGACGGUAACGUUGCCGGAUAUGAGAUAUGUUAUUCCCCUGAUGACGGAUCCAGCCCUGUUUACAUCGCAGGUAGGACCACCACUCAGUACACCCUCGAAGGAUUAAACUCUGACACAACAUACAUCAUCAGCAUCUCUGCCCUCACAGGAAAUCCACAGGUCAAGAGUCAGAAGCAAACAAUCUUUGUCACAACAAUUGCUGACACCACCAUACCUGUGGCCAGUAACUUUGCAGUGACCAACACUCGGGCUGCAGACCAUGUCAUCAUCCUGGAAUGGGAUGUUCCUGAGAGAGCAUCCUACGAUUACUUUGAGGUAUCUUACACCCCAGACGUCGGCUACCCAUCUUCACCGGUCAGGCUGCCCAAGGCUGCUACCAGUCUCAGCAUUAUGAAUGCCUUGGCAGACAAGGUGUAUCAAUUCAGUUUGGUCAGCAUUAGAGGAGAUGAGAGGACUGACACACCUCUUACUACCACAGGUCAGAUAGCUGUUAAUAACCUGAUUGUUGUGAUCGGGGAGAGAACCACCACAUCUCUGGAGAUCUUAUGGGGUGCAUCGGCAUCGGGGUCUGUUGAUGAGUACCAGGUCUCUUACGUUGGAUCAACUCCCAUCGUGGUUGAUGGGUCCAGUGAUAGGAGGGUGGUCAUCCCUGGACUUUCACCUGGAACAGAGUACACAGUGACUGUGCAGGCCAUAAACGCUGGAGCAGCUGUUGGAGAUAGCAUGGAAACAGCAUCUACGUUGCAUGAAAUGAACGGGCUUUCCGCUAUGGUGACUGACCAAGCAUCAUCAAUGAUUCAUCUGACCAUAACUCCACCUUUCGAAGACCCCAUGAGAUACGAUGGGUACAAUGUACGAGUUCGUCUAGGUGGCGUCUCCAGUCCUGUCGUACAGCCGGUUAUCCCAGUCGCUAAAUCAGCUUGCCCAGAAAUUUGGAUCAAGAAACUUGAAGCAGCCACCAUGUAUGAAAUCGACAUUGAGUGGUACAGUGGCCUGGAUAUCAGUGAAGCAUUCAGAGUUCAAACCAGCACAGUUGCUGCUGCACCGCUGGACAUCACUUUAGAUGAGCUGGAAACAGACUCCAUGAAGGUAUCUUGGCAGGAAGGUACAGGCUCCUUCUCAAAUUACCUUGUCACCUACAGCCCUGUUGGGUCAACGCAGACGCCAAUGCUGGUAGCAAAAGGAGAGCCAAGGGUCCUGGAUCUAAGUGGUCUAGUACCUGGUACUGCCUAUACCAUCAUGGUCCAACAGCAGGGACAAACUCCGGCCCAGGAAACACAUGUCCAGCUUACGCUGCCUGAAACCAUCAACAGUCUGAGUGCUACUCCCAGUAAGAACGCAUUAGAUGCCACAUGGAAUGCACCCUCUACAGGCAACUAUGAUGGAUAUAGAGUGUGUCAUUACCCGCGUGGUACUCAGAAUUCUCCGUUUACCUCAGGCACCACACCAUCUAUAAAUCUCCCUGGACUCAACAGCCUGACCUACUAUCUUGUAACAGUCUCAAGCAGUGAAGAAUCAACUUACAGUGAACCAACCACCAUCACACAGCAGACACUGAUCGGUGAUCCAGGAGAUAUCAACAUUGCCCUGGAAGAUGUUGACACAAACUCAGUCAGAAUCACUUGGGUUGCAAUUAAUAGCAUAACGAGGUACACUGUAGGAGGCGGGACCGGAGCAUCACAAACUGUGACAGUCAACUCACCUGAGGAAGCUGAAUACACCUUCACCAAUCUGGUGCCAGGCACUAGCUACACCUUCUUUGUGACACCUCUGGGAACUCAAAGGAGAGAAAGAGAACAAUAUACAAGGCCUGACAUGCCAAGAAAUCUGCUCUUCAAUACAAUUACUACGAAUUCCAUCAGUAUCGGCUGGGAGAAGCCUCUUACAGGUGGUGUGGACAGCUAUAGAGUAACGUACUCCCCAUCCUCCGAUGGUAGCCCUGCAUCUCCCCAUACCAUAACGGAUAAUGGACAAAUCACCCAGACUCUCACGGUCACAAAUCUCCUCCCAGGGACUACAUAUACAUUUAAUGUGUAUGCUCUUGUAGCGGAGCUUGUCAGCGAACCAGUAACGAGAGGGAGCGGAACCACCAUCGGGAUGGACAUUGGUGCUGAUUACACCAGUACUCAGUUCACUGUCCUCUGGGACGUACCCACGGCCGGCGUCUUCAACCAAUUCCAAGUCACCUAUGAUCCUUAUGACCCUACUAAUGCUCAGGAGUCUCCCCGCAUCAUCUCGCUGAGCUCAUUGAACGGAGUACAGGUAGGAUCUCUCCUCAUCUAUGGCCUUGAGCCUGGACAGCUGUACAACGUAUACGUGCAGACGAUGCUGAACGGCUUGCAGACCGAUGACGGCUUUGGGAGAAUAUCAUUCAGAACCCCUCCACUACCAGUGACGGAUGUCGUCAUAACCCAGCGCACACCCUACUCCCUGUCGCUAGACUGGAGCGAUGUCAUAUCGGCCGACAUCCAGUACAGAAUAACAUACACACCGCUGGAAGGAGCGCUUUUUCCAAACAACGAGGAUUCUGCACAAGUACUGUCAUCUAAUCAGGUCUCUGAAUCUCAAAUUUCUGCUAGAAGCUUGGCUCCUGGUAAAGAGUAUGCAUUCACCAUAUACCCUGUGAGUGGGGAUCCUAGCAGCUUUGAACAGGUCGGUCCGCCGCAGACAGUGGUUACAUACACACAACCACUGAGUCCACAGAACCUGGUUGUUGGUGAUGUUGGUGUUGAGGAGGUUUCACUGUCAUGGAAUCUACCGGCUGAAGUCAACUUCCCAAUAGCUUACUACGAGAUAGACUUGGUACCCAACGAGCCUACGUUCCCAAUACGUAUAAACGGCACUCGAGACAAAUGGGAAAUACAUGACGGCCUUGUCUCUGGCGGAGAAUACCAAGCUGUGAUGAGGUCUGUUAUUAAUGAUGUCAAUGGCCAGGUUAUAUACAGUGAACCUGUACAAUCAGCUUUCUUCCUCCUAGAGCCGAAGCAGCCGCAACGCUUGAGCACACCAUACGUCACUACUACAGAACUCAGAGUGGAAUGGACCCUAGACAAUUCUAACUCCACUACUUUCCAGGUGUCAUUUAGCAAGGAUUCAGCAACCAUCUUGACCACAGACACGGAAGAGCUGUCACUUCUGUUGACCAAUUUGACCGUUGCUACAGUGUAUGACAUCAGUAUUAGGACCGUAGUCGAGGGACCACAGACUAAUAUGAUCAAGACCAGUGCAGCAGCACUCGUAAUGGCUGUCACUACUAAAUCUAAGCCGCCGCAGAACUUGAUGCAAGAUGAAGUAACGAGUGAUUCCAUCACAGUCUCCUGGGGCGCACCGCUCAAUGUCGUCAAUAUGUAUCAUAUCAUCGUCAAAGAUGAGUUCGGAGCAGAUGUAGCCGAUGCCACUGUACCAUCGAGUGAAACCACCUAUACAAUAGAGAACCUGAACCCGUAUACCAAGUACAUCAUCACAGUUGCUGCACGGUUUAAUGGUCUGGAUAGUGAUGCCAUCGAGAUUGAACAGACGACAUUCCAAGGAAAACCGUCUGUAGUGAGAGACCCAGUAGUCGCCAUCAACUCACCCAACUCUGUCUUCCUUACCUGGACUCCUCCUGACUCACCUAAUGGUAUUCUGACAGGCUUCGUUGUGGACAUCACCGGGGAAGACCUCACCAGUAGGAAGAGGAGAGAGGCUGGUUUUACACGUACCGAGACCUACGGAGUAACAGUGUUGUCAGCCACGAUUGAGAACCUUCCCACCGGAUGCUCGUACACCUUCAGUAUCAAAGCUGCUAACAGUGCUGAUCAGAGCGAUGCUGUGAUUGCUGGUCCUCUCGACCUACCACAUUCUGCACCUCCAACUCCUCCUGCGGACAGGGUGGUACGUCUUGUUUCUCAUACAGGUACUACCAUGAGUGUAUCCUUCGACAGUAGCAUAUUCAGUGAUGUAUACGGUCCUGUGACUAGAUAUGCCCUCCUGGUAGCACAAAGCAGUCCGGACACUAUUCCUUCGACGCCCAGUGACCCCGCCAUCAACUGGCAAGUUGGCUCAGGCCAGCCGUAUCAAACCACGCUCCUUACUUACGCUCCUUUCACAAACGGAAAUACGAGGGCGUUCUAUACCGUAGGUGCUAACAACAGCUGCACGCAGGAUUCAGUGGGAUACUGUAACGGACCUGUCAUCCCUCUCACUGAUUACAGGUUUGCUCUACGUGCCUACGGGUCUGAUGGGAAGUUCACUGACAGUGCUUGGUCACCACUCUACAACUCAGGAAUUAACACCACUUGGUACGCUGCUGCUGUGGUUUCCAUCAUCAUCAUCACUCUCGUUCUCUUACUCGUCAUGCUUCUCAUCUCCCGUCAAUGCUGUGGUGAGGCAAGGAGCAGCGCCCUGUAUGAGAGAGGUAACGGUCAGCAUCUGCCCUUGGUGAAUGCGGCCUACCCCUCGGCCCACAACCAGGACUCGAUGCACAAAACUCCGCUACCGGAGGAUGCUUUCAUUAGGAUGGGCCCAAUACCGGUCAGAGAGAAUGCCUAUGUCAGCAUGAGGGAUGACCGUCCAAAGGCCCCACUCCCUGCCACUCUGCCUCGAUCUGCUCCUCCAUUAACCAACCCUGUCCAGAUGAGGAAGUUCCCUGACCAUGUCAAUCGCAUGAGUGCUGGCAACAAUACUGGAUUUGUGGAAGAGUACAAUUCUCUAUCAAAUGUGGGCAGAGACAAGAGCACCGAUGCUUCAAGGCUUGCUGUCAAUGCAACCAAGAACAGAUACAGGAACAUCCUACCAUUUGAUGAGACUGCCGUUCAUCUACAAGAUUUGGAGGAAGGACAGACCAGUGACUACAUCAAUGCAAACUACAUCCAGGGCUUGCACUCUAUGAAGGAAUACAUUGCUUCCCAGGGCCCCGUACCAGACUCUGUCAACGAUUUCUGGGAGAUGGUGUUUGAGAAUAAGAGCACAACCAUCGCAAUGAUCACUGGGCUUGUUGAAGGAGGAAAGACCAAGUGUGAGCACUACUGGCCAGAUGACGAUACCCCAGUGAACUACGGCAGUGUGACGGUCACCAUGACCCAUACACAGGAGAUGGAACAAUGGACCGUCAGGUCAUUCCUGCUAGAGAAGGGCAUGCAACAGUUUGAGACGCGUCAGUAUGCCUUCAAGGGCUGGGUCGAUCAUGAUGUACCCAACAAUGCUCGUCCUAUGAUUGAAUUCAUCCGGACCAUAGACGUCGCCCAUGAUGCUAAUCUAGGACCCAUCACCGUGCACUGCAGUGCUGGUAUUGGUCGAACCGGUGUGUUCAUUGCCCUUCACAAGCUGAUCAAACAGGUUGAGACUUCCAAGCCCAAUGACUACAUCGAUGUGUGCGGCACUGUGGCACGCAUGAGGGAGCAACGUUUCAACAUGGUCCAGACAGUCAAACAAUACAUGUUCAUCCACCAGUGUCUGCUACUUCUUAUGAGAUAGAUGUAUCCUGCCUGACAAGAGCAGGGAAAUUAAUACGGAUCAUCUGACCCGACUACUCUUCCUCAUCCAUCCAAUACUUCUAAAAUGAUAGACAUAUGACAUGGAUAAUAAUCCAGCGUUUGUUUUUGUUUUUAAAUUCUAUCUAUAAUAUAUCGUCUCAUUUUACUUUUUAUAUGAAAUGGAUUAAUUUGUUCAUCAAAAUUGUUAAGAUUAAUGAUGUCAUUAUUUUGGAAUGGAUGAUUGGAUUACCAAACAAUUAUAUGAAACAUUAUCUUGGUUUUACGAUUUGUUUAUCUUAUACUUUAAUCGUUGUUUCACUCCCAUCUGUUUUAAUGUAUACUACAUGCUGUACAUGUAAUUGAAUAUUCAAGAAAUAUAAAACCACAGUUUUGCAUUCCAAUCUCUUUAUACUGUAAAACAAUGAAAUGAGUUGUCUUUCGUGUAUCUGAAAUAAGAAAUGAAUAACUACAUAUUACUAUUAUUAUAUCAUGUGAUUUAUAUACAAUUUAUUUUUAUUUUUAUAUGGAUAAAAUCUGAAUGUAUUCCUGUAUUCUAUUCGUAGAUUAACUUGGUGAUGGAUAUAUAAAUGUAUUUAUGCAGAGAAACAAAGACCUAUGUUUUAAGGAGAGAAAUUUAAUCUUUAUUGAAAUGUUAUCAACAUCAUAUGUACUUGUUAUCCUCGUUACGGAAAGUGAUAAAUCUUUAUUUUUUUAAGAAGAAAUUAAAUAAUAAAUCAAAAUGUCUUAUUACAAGGCUUCGUUUUGAUUUUCUGUAAUGGUAUGUCAAAUUGUGUUUUUAAAAAAUCUGAUAUUAUUUUAUUUUUGAAAAUGUCUCACUGUAGUCUUUCAUUGGGAAAUUGUUUUGCUCUUUUAAUUAUUCUCUCUAACUUCUAUUCCUAUAUUUCUAUCUCUAAUAAUUUAAAGCAUCUAUUAUCUUUUUAAUUGUUAUCUUUGUAGCUUUAGGAAACAUCAGUCGCUGUGACUAAUGUGAAAAUAUAGUAAAUGACCCAUAACCCAGUACUAGGAAAGGUAUACGUAGAUAGAUAUAGAAGUACAAGCAAAAUAUGAUAUUUGCCUUGUGCUCAGGUUAUUAUUUGUAGAUUUUCUCAUAUUUUAAAAUUGUUUUGCUGGAAAAUUUGUGAUGUAUACACAGAACCACUUUCUAUAUGUUUAAAAUAUUAAUCAUGAUUAUGUAAUAUCUCUUGCUUCGAUAGGGUUAAGGGAUUUUAUUUUAAAUUAGAGAAUUAUUUGUUGGUGACAAUAUAAAGAUGAAAUGUACACCUUCCAAGUCAAGUACCAAAGCUUAGAAUCUAUUUUUAAUCAUGUCUAUAUUGAAACUAUAUUUUGCUCUUUAUCGACAGUGCAUUUGUUAUAAUUUUCUUAUUUUACGGAGCAGUGUUAAAAAGCUUUACCGGUACUUAAAUUAAUCAAGCAUUGUGUAUCAAAUGAAAUAAAAUGGUAAUUUGGGAUAAUAAUGA